AUGUACGUUGUGUUCUGUACCGCGAAUAUUCCUUCGGAGGCGCUUGGUAAUUUCAUAGAUGAAGCAUACAGAGAAAUACUUCUUAGUGAGGACGAUACUGGUCCUCCGGGUGCUCCAUGUAUUCUCCAGACAACUGACCUAAGUUCGAUCUCCCAUGGCUCCCGUAAGCCUAUGGCUAAACUUAAAUCUCCAUUCCUAAACAAGGCAGAUAAUGAAAUCCGCGAUUGGGUGCGACAUCACCGCUGUCCAGGAUUUUGCGGAGAUGACAUUCUCUAUUCUCGACCAGCAAACUCUCUCUCAACGAGAGAACAUGCCGCGUUGGAUAUUGUGACGAACAAGAUCCUGACCAUCAAAUUAAACUGUAAAAAAAGGAGCGAUGACGCGCAGGAAUGCUUCGAUGAGAUGAAGCUGUUUGCGUCGUGA